AAUGGCUUUUAUGAUGAGAUUGGAGGAUUUGGCGUUUUAUAACGCUGUAAAGCUGUUUGGAAGUUUUAAAAAGGAAUCAUCUUUUAUUGAUUUUAUCAAGGAGAAAAAUAUUCCGACUCUUAUGUACGACAGACUUUUUAAUUCUUUAUACAAACAUUUUAUCGGAGUACAAGGCGACAUUUUGAAAAUGUUUGUCGUUGAAAAUUUCCCGCUAAGCAAUAUAAGAUUCGGCGAUGCAAGACUAAAGUGUGACGAAUCUAUAGAGUUUCUAAAAGACCAUAAGCUUCAACAUCUUAGGAUCGAACAACUCACAUCGAUGACCGUCGAGAGUCUACUUGAAUUUAUUGACGUUGAGAAGUUACAGACCUUAUCUAUAAGUAAUUGUGCAUUUUUACCGGAAAAACUCCUCGUUACAAAGUUAGCGAAGAGGAAAAGGGAGCAAAGAGAACAAAAAGAAACUAAAAAGUUUGAAUACUUAAGAAAAUUUCCUUGUUUAAGAAAUCUUACUUCUCUCAAUUUAUCGAAUACUGAACUAAACGACCUUCAGCUAUUUUUCAUAACGAAAGAAGUUAACCUUCUAGUGGAAGUAAAUAUUGCUAAAACCAACGUAACGGAUAUUCGAUUAUUGAAGAAACAAACCAAUCUUGAAAGUCUCGAUUGUUCUGAAUUAAAAGAAAGUGUUGGUCGUACACUCGUUCAUCUACACUGCUUUGAAAAGUUGAGAUUCUUAAGAUUUGGUAACUCUACUCCAAGUCAGAGAAUUGGUUGGUCCUAUAACGUUAAUCCCUUUAUAAGGAAAUAUCUAAAUCAAGAGGAGUUUUUAGCCUAUAGAAAAGUUCCGCAAAGAUUUAAAACAAAGCUGAAUUGGAGUAUGUCCGAAUUUUUAAGAUUAGCCGACUGGACGGAUUUAACAUUUUUUGAUUUACAUGGAAAAUGGAGAAUAUCCCAAAAAAGUUUAAAAGAAUUCAUUACGACACACACGAAACUACGAUUUAUAAGAUUCUUUAAGGACUUCAGUCAAAUUUUGAGAACAAUUUUGCCAAGCGAUAAAAUAGUUGAAGAUUUACUUGACAUACGUCACUACGAAAAAUUCUAUGGAAGGAGUGAAUUUUCCCUAAAAGCUCUUCAUAGUAGCUAUAAAUUUCCAGUACAGCCGAUUUUACUUAAUGCGGACAUUGGAAUAGCCUAUUGGUACGAUUCGCAAAUCUUUCACGAACAAUACGCCAUUCCUGGAAUAAGCUUAUACAAAGUCAAUUUUCCAAAGGAAAAGAGUUUAGAACUAUGCGAGAUAGCGAACAUAAACUAUAUCUAUAGUAAACUAUUCGCCCAUCUUACGUCUGAUUAUAGUGGAUCCGACCAUUUUACUUUUAUUAAGGCAAUGUCAAAAUUUUUACAAGAAAUUGACCUUGACAAUCUACCAAAACAAGAAUUGUACUGUAUCUUCAAAGGUUUGAGAAAUACUGAAAGUUGGAUACAUUUAGAAGAAUUUGAUGUCUUAAUCGAAGAUUUAUAUGGUAUUCUUUUAAACUUUCACGCGUUCUGUAAAGAAAAGUUUGACUGGGAUAUGGUAAGAGCGGUUACCUACGUUAAACGAAUUUACGAUUGGAAUGUUACCGGAUGUCAAAGAACAUCUUGUACAUUCGAUAGCGAUCUUGACGAAGAAAAAUCUAAUUCUAGCGGAGAUUUGGAAAUAUUUGAGCCUAAUGAAAAUAAUAGUCUCUUGGAAGAUUUUCCAAGUCCCGCCAUUUUUGGGGACACAGCCGGACAGAGUGAAUGUUCUUUCGAAAUGCCUAUUGUUCUGAGAUUAGAAGAUCUAGUUUUCUUUCAUAUUAUAAGAAAUUUUACAACUUUCAAAGAACAGGAAUUUUUUCUACAACUUUUCAAACAAGGAAAAGUUCCUCCUGUGACUUGCGACAAAUUGUUUAAUGGACUAAAUAGAUUCUAUGGUGGAAUACCUGAUGAAAUUCUCAAAAUAUUCACAAAAGAAAAUUUUAAAUUGAGAAAUAUUACACUAGAUGAUAGUAAUAUUUUUAACAAAUUAACUUCGACUUUCUUAACUGGUCAUAAACUUCAAAGUCUAACUAUAGAACGUUUGGCAAUAUGGACGGUUGAAGAUGUUAUCGAUUUAAUAGACAGUGAUGAGUUGAAAACAUUAUCGUGUCAUCGUGCUACGUUUUUGCCAGAAAAUAAAAUAUAUAAGAAAGUUUUAAAGAGGAAAAGAAAGCAAGAAACACAAAACUUUACAUUUAUAAGACAAAGUCCUCGUCUGAUAAAUGUAACAUCUUUAUAUGUUUCAAAGACGAAAAUGAACAAUGUUCAACUAUUUUUCGUAACAAAAGAAAUGUUUCUAAUAGAAAAUCUCGAUAUUGCAGACACACGUAUAACAGAUCUUCGUCUCUUGAAGAAGCAAUCUAAUCUUCAGUAUUUAGAUUGUUCUGGGUUGAAAGAGUUUGCUGGUAAACACUAUAUUCAUCUUCACUGCCUAAAGAAACUAAAGCAUUUAAGAUUUGGCAAUACUGAGACAAGAUUAACAAUGUUACGAUUGGGUUGGUCAAGUAUAAUAAAUCCUGUUAUAAGACAGAAUCUCAAUGAAGAGGAAUUCAAGGCUUUCAGUUCUGUCCCUGAACAAUUUCGUUCCCGAUCAACCUGGCAUAUGUCAGAGUUUCUAGAGUUGGCUAAUUGGAAAGAUUUGAGGUUUUUUGAUUUAAUUGGAAAAUGGAAAUCUUCUCCAAAAAGUAUCAGCGAAUUUAUUCGAAACCAUAAGAAACUGAAAUAUUUUGGAUUUUCAAAAAACUUCACAGAUGAUUUGAGCGCACAUAUGGAAAUAACGAAGGAGGUGAAAAAUUUGUUUGAUAUCAAAUUCUAUGAAAAGUCAUACGGUAGAGAUAAUAUGUCAUUUAAAGUGUAUCAUAAAAAAAUUUCGUUCCCUGUUGAUAUUGUUGAUCUUCCUGUUGAUACUUAUGUAUCAGAUGUGGAAGAAACUUUUUCUAAUGAAAUUAUACCAAGCUUGAACCGAUACAAAGAAAAUUUUCCGAAGGAAAACCAUUCAGAAUUCUGCAAACUUCUUCUUGAUGAAUUAAAGUUCAAAAGUAUGAACUUUCGCAAUACUGCAUGCGAUAUCGGUGAAAUAUGUUUGAGAGCUCUUUCUAUGGAUAUUGAAAAAUCGGACCAUUUCCUACCGAUUAUUCAGCUGCUGGCUCAUAUUCUCUCAUAUAGACAUUCAUAUCCAAAUAGUCCUUUAGAUUUUAUUUUUAUGGAAAUGCUAACGAAGUAUUUCAGAUAUUUCAAGAUUGCUAUAAAUUUACCGGGCAUUUUCAAGAAAAUAUUUAUUGUUCCGAGAGAAUCUGAUCUACACAGUUAUUACAUGUCUAUGGAAAAGAUAUUGGCAUUUUUAGAAAAUAUCAACUUGGAAGACAUGUCGCAAAGCGAGCUUUCCGCUCUCUGUUUGGGAACUAAGCAAAUUAAAAGUUGGCACAAUGGCGUAGAAUGUGAAGAAUUAGCCAAAAAAUUAUAUGAAACUAUUAUGAAAAUUAUCAAUUAUUGUACAAAAAAAUUUGGAUGGGAUUUGUCAAAAUCAAAAACGUAUCUUAAACCACUUACAAAGAAAUUUGCUCAAGGAUGUACUGGUGUCUAUUCUUAUUAUUCCGGAGAGGAGGAUCAAUCAAAUGAUGAAUUUCGUUGCUUUUAUGAUACGAGUACAGAUAAUGAUGAUUGUAGUCCUGCUGAUUAUCAGGAUUUUGAUGAUGGGAAAGUUGAAACCGAAGAAGUUAGUGAUAAAGUUAGAUACCAAAGACUGUCAACUGACUCCAAAGCUUAUAAAUUUUACGGAUAA